AUGUUAAAUCAAGGGAGAGCUCUUUGGUAUGCACUGAAAGUGGAAGAUUACGAUUUGGUUGAGUUUCUCAUAAAUUAAAAGACAGAUAUCAGAUAAACUUAUGAAUUUGAGCCAAAACGAUACUUAUCUACUGCAAGUGUAAAAUGCUUAAUAAUAAAUUCUAUAGUUGUUGACUCUUCGAGUUUGUUAGGCUCGUUCAAAGGGAUUGAAUAAUCAUUACUAAAGAAUGUACUAAAUACUAGAUAAUUUUCUCUAAUAUGCAGAAGAAUGCGACAUUCGAUGUCAUUGUUCAAAGAACUACGAACACAGAUGUCCACUGUAUAUAGCAUUGAAGGCAUUAGGAGUCAAGAAGGAGCAGGAUAUGUUUAAUAAGAAGAAUGACAUUUUGAAGGCUUUGUUAAUCAAAGGGGCUAAUUUAAGGAUAUUCUAAGGGUAGACUUAGACAAUUGAUGUGGAAGGAUAUCGACAAUAUCUGAUAUAAAGAAUUUAAUUCUAAAAAACCAGUGGAUUCAAGUAAACAUAAGAUGGAUAUGCUACUUUUAGUCAAUGA